CAUGCUUGUCUAGGAGUCUGGGAAAAUCAAUUAUAUCUUUUAUUUUUACUCUCCCCAGUGGCCCAGUCUCCCGGUCUCUCUUUGUGUUCAGUGUUCUCUCUUCUAUGUUGCUGCGUUUUAGAGAAAGAUUGGGUGCCGAUUGUUGAAUCGUUUCUUCAUUCUUCCCAUCUCAGGAGUACUAUGGACCCAAUGGAAUCUGAAUCACAAGGUGCUAAUGAGUGUGAUGAUGCUCAACCAACAGAAGUGACACACGAUAGUUCUGAACUGGCAUCUACUCAACCUGAUGGAAGUAAGGAAAUAGGUACGAAAAGAGCCCUUACUUCAUAUGUGUGGGAGCAUUUUGAAAUUAUUGGAAAGGGCGAAGAUAAAAAACUCAGGGCUAGUUGCAAGCAUUGCAAAAAACAAUAUGUGGUUGGCUCACACAAAUAUGGAACAUCUACCCUAAGG